UGGCCCUUGGUCAGGUCGCGCUUUGCCAGACGAGCAUGGGUUUCAGUUCGGUUCGUUUGUCGCGAAAUACGAUUGCCGACAGAAUACAAAAUCUAACAAAAACUUGGACUCCGGGUCGCAACCCGAUGCCGGCGGAUUUCUAUAAGGGCGGUGUGCGGCUCGAAGAGCAGGAAUUGUUUCGACUGCCGCAGGGAAUACUGCUGUUGGAAAGUGCUGUCAAACUACCGGACUCAUUUGAUGCACGCGAGAAAUGGCCGGAUUGUCCGAGUCUACGGGAGAUCCGUAAUCAGGGCUGCUGCGGUUCGUGCUGGGCGAUUUCCGCUGCAUCCACAAUGACGGAUCGGUGGUGCAUACACUCGCAGAAUAAGUCACAGUUUUCGUUCGGAUCGUACGAUCUGAUCGCAUGCUGUCAUCACUGUGGCGAUGGGUGUGAAGGUGGCAAUUUGGGCCCAGCCUGGAAGUAUUGGGUCGAACGUGGAGUUUCCAGUGGAGGACCAUACAAUUCCCAAACGGGAUGUCAUCCGUAUCCGAUCGACGUCUGUCACUCGAAGGACGAGGACGACAAACAGUUCAAAUGUUCGCGAAAGUGCCAACUGAGCUACAAUCAGACGAGUUAUCUCCGGGAUCUUCGGUUCGGGAGGGAAGCUUACUCCGUUGCGAUGGACGAGGGACGAAUUAUGGAGGAAAUUUUUUUGAAUGGACCCGUGCAAGCUUCGUUCAAGUUGUACAAGGACUUCAAAGCCUACCGAAGUGGUGUCUAUCGUCACGUUUGGGGUCCGUUCGAAACCGGCCAUGCGAUCAAGAUUUUUGGUUGGGGCACUGAAAACAACGUCAAAUAUUGGUUAUGUGCAAACUCCUGGGGUGAUGAUUGGGGAGACAACGGGUUCUUCAAAAUCAUCAGAGGCGAAAACCAUCUCGAUAUCGAAGGUAACGUUCAUGCGGGAUUACCGGACUACAGCAAAAGCGCAGCGAUGUUCGACUUGGAAUACUGAAUACCAAUACCACUCCGUAUAACCUGUGCCAAACCGAACACAAAUGCGUCAUUUUUCACGUUCUAAAAUGAAGAAACAUCGUCGUUACAACGGCGACUAUUAACUAAUCCUUUCCCCCCACCAUGGCGUUCCGUUGUAAUAUCCGUUUUUUGGGAACGAAUCUCGUUGGAAUUUUUACUCAUUUUAAAGCCCAUCUCAACCAAUAAAACCCACUCGGCGUGGAGAUUUCUUUAUUAAAAUAUUUGGCACCAGCGGUUUCGAUGGUUCAGUUACCUUUU